AUGGCAGGACUUCAGAACAAAGCGUUCACCUUGAACACGGGAGCCAAAAUUCCUGCAAUUGGCUUUGGAACAUGGAAGGCUGGCCCUGGCGAAGCGGCAGCGGCUGUGAAAGCUGCGUUCAAAGCCGGCUAUAGACACUUUGACUGCGCACCUUUAUAUGGAAAUGAAGCCGAAAUUGGACAAGUGUUCAAGGAAACUGACGUCCCCCGAGAAGAAUACUUCGUUACAACUAAGCUCUGGUCCUCCGAUCACCGCCGCAUCACGUCCGCCCUCCAAAAGUCCUUAGACGACCUGUGUCUAGACUACGUCGAUCUUUACAUGAUGCACUGGCCCGUAACGCUGCCCACCGCAUCGCCAGAAACAUACGGCAAGGAAGACCGUACCACACACGACCCCGACUGGGACUUCACAGACACGUGGCGUGAAAUGGAGAAGCUGCUGGCAACCGGGAAAGUCCGGGCGAUUGGUGUUGCGAACUUCUCGACCGUGAACCUUGAAAAAUUGCUCAAGAGCUGCAACACUGUUCCUGCUGUGAAUCAAACGGAGAUUCAGCCCUUGCUUCCUCAGAAGAAAUUGAAUGCUCUCUGCACUGAUAAAGGCAUUCAUCAAACUGCCUUUGGGCCGCUUGGAGGUAGUGGAAGUACGCUUCACACAGACCCCAUUGUGAGUGGUAUUGCAGAUAGGAGAGCAUGUAGCUCUGGGAAUGUGCUAUUAAGCUGGGGUGUGAAGAAAGGUUGGAGUGUGAUUCCAAAGAGCGUCAAUCCGGCGCGUAUCGUGGGGAAUCUGCAAAAGUGUUUCAUGAUGGACGAUCAAGAAGUGGCGCAAAUUGAUCAGUUAGUCAACACGCUUGGAGAGAAGCGUUUCAAUCGGCCUAACUGGGGGGCCGUGAUCUUCCACGAUGAUCGAGAAAAUGUGUAA